CUUUUAGUGAUAGCAAACGUCAAAAUCAGUCGUAAUUUUUGCAAAUUUUGUGAAGUGGAAUAUUUGUAGAAGGAAAAUUUAUCGUUUAAAUGUUAGUUAAAAUUAAUUAUUAAUAUUUGGAUGAAUUUCUAUCGCUAAAAACUAUAAAGAAGUGGUGUCAUUUGAAAAAGAUAACUUGAAAAUAUAAACAAAAUGGAAACGUCAUCUACUCAGUGUUGUGGAUUUUAUUUCCCAUAACAUUGUGAUUAUACAACAAAAUACGUGUUUGAUUGCUUAACGUGUUAUUAUUCUAAUAUUGUAAGUGAAGUGACCGUGUUUCUAAUGCGACCCCAUUAUGAAUUGGUUCGACACUUCGGGUUUGACAAGUCUUGCUAAGACAGCUCUGAAAGAAGCCCAGAAAACCAUCGAUAAAGCCCUGGAUAUUCAAGACGAGAGCGGGGAGGAGGCGGAGGACGAGUCCCCUACGCAGCCAGCGGAGAAACCUUCUCCAGGUACUCCACAAAAAGACACCUCAGAUUUCUUUUCUUCCUGGGGGUUGUCAGUGAGUGCUGAAAGUACCAAAGAUGUUCCUAUAAAGGAACAACCUGUUGUAACCGAAAGCCCAUCUAAAAUAAAUAAUCAAAGCAUGUGGGGAUCAUUUGCUGGCUCGUUCUUUGAACAGCCUAAAGAUGAGGGUAAAGCAGAAUCUACUAUAGUGAAGCCACCUAAAGCAAAAUCUAUGAAUUUAAUAUCUGACGUCAAAUAUGGCAGUCAAGAAGACCUGUUUUCUAAAAGCCAGCUUGUUAUGUCUGAUGGACCAGAAGGAUUAGAGUCGAAAAUGAAAUGUAAAGAUGAUGUGAAAGAUGAUAGACGAUCAUCCACAAGGUCAAACAGGCUGUCAUUGAUAUCAAGUAGAAACAGUUCUGAUUCUGUUGAGGUUUUAUCACAAAGUAUGAAGACAACUCCAGACUCGGAGGCAGCGUCAGGCCAGUCCAUGUCUCACAGCAGUAGUGUGGGACAUAAACUUAAUUCAGAAUCAGUUGAAGUGCUGCCAGACAGCCUUGUGAGCCCUAGUUCCAUUGAAUGCCUCGGAUUCGACAGUUACUCGAGUGAUAAAAACAGCAGCACAUCAUCUAACCUCUCUCCUGGUGAAUGUAGUGACAAAAAAACUACACCAGUUGGUGACCACACUGAAAAGGCUGAAACAGCUGACAGUAUUAGUUUAGUAGUUGAUGAUGAUGAAGAUACUAUGUCAUAUAACUCUGUUUCAGAAUGCACUGCUCCCACGGUACUAGAUACUGAUGAGAAACCUAUUAGUCCAUUCCAGAAAGCAGUUAGAAAUGAACCAAAGAAAGGUGUUGAUAAAGAUUUUAUACAUUUAGAGCAAUCUGUUUCUCAGAAGAUGCAUUUGAGUGAGAACUCAUCUAAUGAUGGGUCCUGGUCUGACAGGACCUUGAAUGCAGACAAUGACAGUAUUAUUUUAGAAGCCCCAGAGGAACAGAAGAAAGAUGACCAGGAGGACAUAUUGAUGGAGAGGUUAAGUGAUUCAUCAUCAUUUUAUAAUGUCAAUGUGACAGUUGAAAUGUCCAGGUCUGACACCUCUGCUUUUGUUAAUAUAGAAAAACACCAAUGUAGUGCUGCAGGAAGUAGUGAAUCUUCUCAAAAAGAUUGCAGCGUGAAGGAGAGAACAUCACCUAUUAGUUCUGACAGUAAAAGUGACUUGGUGAAGAUUGGUUCUGAUCGCACCUCGGGGCACACUUCAGGUGAUGAAUUAGAGACAGCAACUUCUUCUGAUAUCGAAAUAAUACCUAGUCCAAAUGGUGAAAGUCAUGGUUUCAGAAAUAGUCCUGCAAAGUAUGCUUUUAAGCAGGGGAAGUUUGAUGGGACUACAUCACCAAAUCUAGUUGACUUGGUGUUGGGGAAGUCUUUAGCUACUAAGAUUCGAGGUCACAAUCGAGAGUUGUCUGAAGCCUCUGUGCAAAGUAAUACUAGCGAUGAGAGUCAAUGUUCAGAGACGGAUCGCUUGAUGAGGAGGUUGUGUGAGAUGGCGGAGAUACUGGAGGCUAGAGAGAGUAGACUGAUGGAGGUGAGCCGGAGCAAUGCGGAGUUAGCUGAGAACAAUGCUGACUUGAAGUCUCAGGUGGAGUCGUUGCUGGCCAGACAUGAGGGUGGAGAUAUCAAUAUGAUAACCGAAGACUAUACUCAAAGAAUGUCUGCUUUGGAGAAGAAGUUUCAGCAGGCUAUCAGAGAUAAGGACCAGCUCCGAAAACAACUCGACUCUAUGAAAUCUGAAUGUACAUCGAGGAAGAACUCCUCGGAACUGGAGAACGCGCUGAAGGAGAAGGACGACGUCAUCAGCCAGCUGCAGGAAGAGGGGGAGAAGCUGUCCAAGCAGCAGCUGCAGCACUCCAACAUCAUCAAGAAGCUGAGAGCUAAAGAGAAGGACAACGAGCAGGUUAUCAAAGGACUUAGAGACAAGAUAGCCGAGCUGACGGCCGAGGUGGACCGCGUGAAGAGGUCGAUGGCGGCGAAGGAGGAGCUGGAAGUGAGCCAGAUCGAGGCCGUGUACCGGCUCACCGCGGCCAACAAGAAGCUGGAGGCCGAGCUGCUGGAGGCCAAGAGCCUCCUGGACGACACGAGCUCCCGCCUGGAGACCUCACGGGCUUCGCUGGAAGCGGCGCGGAGGGAGCUCGCGGAGCUGCAGAGGAGCUCCGGGGAGCUGCAGAGGCUGCGGGCGUCGCAGCCGCAGCUUGAGGAAGAAGCGCGCGCGCAGCGCGACCUCGCCGACAAGCUGAGGGAGGAGCUGCAGCAGCUCCGGAAGGAGAUGCUCAAUGAGGAGAAACGCUGGCUGUCGCGGGAGGAGGCGCUGCGACAGCAGGUGACGGAGGCGCGCGAGCUGCUGGUCAGCAGCGACCAGCCGCCGCCGCAGGCGCAGGAGGAGGGCGUGGCGGCGCUGCUGUCGCAGCUGGCGGCGCAGCAGCGCGCGGCGCUGCGUCGCGACCAGGCGCAUCAGGACAACGUGCGCGCGCUGCAGCAUCAGCUCAAUGAAGCGGAAGGUCGCGCAGCCAGAGCGGAAGAGCGCGAGUCGGCGUCGCGCGCGCUGAAGCUGAGCCUGGAGUCGCAGCUGUGCGCGGCGCACGCGCGGCUGCGAGACAGUGAGCAGCUGGCCGGCGACGCCGCGGGCUUCCUGGCGGAGCUCGGCGACGCGCGCGCGCGUCUGCACGGCAAAACCCGCGAGCUCGAAGCCCUGCGCGCGCAGAUCUCGGAGAGAGAGUUGGAGCUGGUGCAGAGAGUGAGCGAGCUGGAGACGCAGCUGGAGGAGGAGAAGGCCGCGCUGGAGGCGGAGCGGAAGAGAAACUCUAUUUUGCAGGAGCAGCUGUCGGCGCGCGAGGCCGAGUCUCCGGCCGCGCCGGACGCCGCCCCCGCCUGGCCGCUGGACAACUCCGCGCUGGCAGCGCCGGGGCUGUCGGCGGCGGGCGUGGAGGAGGCGCUGUGGACGCUGACGCGGCGCGACGGUGAGCGGCGCCAGCUGGCCGCCGCCGCCGCCGCCGCCGCCGCCGACCGCGACCUGCUGCGGCGCCAGCUCGCGCAGCUGCAGGCCAAGCUGGACGACUACCAGGGCAUCCAGGAGCAGUACGACGCGCUGCUGCAGAUGUACGGCGAGAAGGAGGAGCAGCUGGCGGAGCUGCGGCUGGACCUGCAGGACGUCACGCAGCUCUACAAGGCGCAGCUGGACGAGCUCAUAGCGCUGCGGGGGCGCACGUAGGCGGGUGGGGGACGCAGACCACAAAAGUGUAUUCAUAAAAAAUGUCAACCUCUCAUUGUAUUAUUUUCCUUUAAAGGCGGAAGUAGACCUUUCGUUGUUUUAGUUUUUCUGCAGGAAACCGGUCGCAAAUAAUAAUACCUCUUGUUGAAGCAAAGAUAAAGAAAACUAAAGACGAUGGGUUAACGUAUCCAUAAUCUAGUUUUCAUACUCUGCAACCUAAAGCGACAGAUAGGGCCUUGUCGACCAGACGCGAUGCGAGGAAUAUUUUUUCGACGUACUUAUUUAAAAAACCUAUUUAAAACAAUGGAGCGCCGACGGAACACAACAGACCAAUGGGACCGCGCUCAUAGUCGUAAAAGUAAGUUGAUAUAAAUUUAGGCAACUUAUUGAUUAUAACUUGUUAUUUUAAAUGAAAUUGUUGUGUUUGAAAUUUUUUAUGAGUAUGGGGAUAUCUUGUGAUACAUGUAUUUCUCAAUAAUUCUUCAGUCCAUAUUUACAAGCCCUAAGGACUGCUAAUGAACAUUUAUUGAGACAUUAUUGUGGGUUUAUCAGAAUUUACAUCCUAGUAUAGGUUGCCAAUUUAAUGUAUAUCAUAGCAAGACAAAAUUAUAAAUACACCUUUCCAUGUUCUCUGUGGCAGCGCAUUUUUAAAUAAAUAAAACAAAAAGCAAAUAAAAAUGUAUACUAUUUACGUUGUACCUUUUUAUUCGAUUAAUUUUUACUCACGUGCUAUCUUCGUUAAUAAUCGAUAUGUACCCAUGUGUAUUUCUAAUUUUGGACAUUGCAAAUAAUAUGCAAUUUUAAAUGUACAUUAUUGUUACACUACAUGUAACUGCGCCUUCGAUUACCAGUGUAUUAGCUCUGUAGGAUUUAAAUCAUAAAAACCAAAUAAAAAAACAAAAAAAAAAUAAAGCUACUUAAUUCAUUGUUAGAAGAUUUGAUAUCACAUAAUUCUAUAAAAUAUUUAAUCUCACUACAUACUCGUGACCAUUCCGAUCCCUAAGUUAACUUGAGGGUUUUUACAAUAGAAUCUAUUUAAAUGAAUAAUAAUUAUUGUGGUUAUUGGAUCGUAAACAUAGGCAAGUUAUAUAAAUAACGAGUUCUCCGUAAAAUAAACUUAUUUACCGUCAAUAUUCAAUAAAUUACAUAAAUGCAAUUCUUUUGGUGAGUGGAUCGUGCUGUCUCUUGGGAAGCUGGAUAGUGAUUGCCAUAAGUACGAGAUAUAACUUGUAGAUGAAAUGCAUAAAAAUGUCGUAAUGACGUCACCUUUCUCGCAUUCUUUACAUUUAAAUCAAUAAUUUAAUAUGGCACUUGUGAAAGUUCCUUAUUUAAUGCCAUAAUUUAGUCAUAUUUAUCAAAUGUGAGGCCAAAGUGGUAAAUGUAAAAUAUUGUAAUUGAAUCAUUUCAGAUUUUGUGUUGAUUGCAAUUUCUAUUGUAUAUUAUAUGCAGCGUGACGGCCAUAUUUAGACUGCUUAAAUAAAAGUUAACAACAGAUACCAAAUAAACAAAACUGUUGUAUAUUUUUUAACUUCAUUGAUCUGCCACCGCUUACAUGUACCACUCGCGGCUGCAACAUUACGAAGGUGCAGACACACGGCAUCAUCUUAUUAUGUACGUCAUAAAAAAAAGUUUAAUUUUGAAACUGUCCACUAAGAUGAGAUUCAUGUAUUUUUUUGACUCUCGGUCUAUAACGGAACGAGUGGGAAAAAAAAGUUCCAAUCGUCACCACUGGGGAUGAACGAAACUUGGCGCAGCGGACCCGGCUUAAUGUAGUAGUAUGUGUGUCUGUACCUCGAAAAUAUAUUUGGUGCUCGGUAGUUAUAAUUCAUAAAUGUAUUUGGUCAACUCAUGUAUUGUUUCAUAUUAGGAGUUUAAAUUUUAUUGUAUAUUGUUAUUUAUUAUUUAUUUCUGCCGUUUGUCUAAUUUUGAGCUGAAUGUUUUCUGCCAUAAAGAUCGAAACUCAUUUGACAUUCGGCUUGCGCAAAAUAAUGAUUCAAAAUAUCAUUUAUAAUACCUAUUUCGAGAGUUUGCUAUCAUAAAAUGUAUGUGAUAUAUGUUCACUGCCAUUAAAUGUAAGAGCUUUUGCCAUAAUUUCAUGUAUUUUUGCUGAAUUGAUUAAGCAUCGGAUAGAACGGCUAGGAAGGAGUUGGGGGAGACCUUUGCCCAGCAGUGGGACGGAAUAGGUUAACAAAAGAAAUAAGGCAAAUCAGUCCCUCGCGUAGUGCACACAAAUGUGAGCUUAGAGCUGGUCUGAAAUCGUAUGUAACAUCGAUAUAUUUUUUCCUAUUCCGUAAAAGGCGUGGACAUCUGAAUUUCAUCAAUGUAACAACAUUAAGACUAAUGUAAAUUAAAAGUUCCUGUUUGAAAAUAAGAUAUUAUAUUACUUAUUUUUCUUGCAGAAAACAAUUUUUUCGAUCUUGCAGAAAACGUUCGAUGCAAUGUAUUAUAGCUUAAGUUGUGAUGUCUGAAUUAAAGGCUGGUCGUAACGGACGGACAGGGGAGUGUAAGACAUCGUUGUUGGUUAGUAUUUUAUACUAUGUGUCUAAUGUAUCAUUAAUAUACCAAAUUACGAAAAUAUGUGUCUUAAUAUAUUAUGUAAAUAUGA